UCUCUCUCUCUCUCUCCCCAAAUGGAAACCCUAAGGAGCCGGGUGGAGUCGUGGAUCAAGGACCAGGCGGAGCGGAUGGGCGCCACAUGGCCGCCGCCGCCGCUGCUCCCGCGGUGGCGGUGGCCUCGGCCGCCGCCGUGGCGGUGGGGCGGAGGCGACGAAGGCGGCGGCGGCGGCGGCGGAAAGGGGCGGAGGGAGGCGGAGCGGCGGAUCCGGGAGGAGUACGAGCGGCGGCGGGGGCAGCUCCGGGAGCUCUGCGGCGCCGUGAAGGUCGACUCCGUCGCCGAUCUGCAGGAGGUGCUCUGCUCCAUGGUGCUCUCCGAAUGCGUCUACAAGAGGCCUGCAUCAGAGAUGAUUAGGUAUAUUAACAAGUUCAAAUCUGAUUUUGGAGGGCAGAUUGUUUCCCUUGAGCGCGUGCAGCCUUCUUUGGAUCACGUACCUCACCGGUAUCUAUUAGCUGAGGCUGGGGAUACAUUGUUUGCUACAUUUAUUGGAACUAAGCAAUACAAAGAUCUUAUUACUGAUGUAAAUAUAUUUCAAGGGGCCAUAUUCCAUGAGGAUAAUUCUGAGGAUUUUGAUUUGGUUGAUAUUGGUGAAAGUGAUCAAAAUGGCAUCCAAAAGAAGAGCGAGGAAAAUCUUGGCAAGCCGGUUCAGGAAAAACCAAAACGGUUGAAAACAUCAAAGCCUGCUGCACACAGGGGUUUCUUAGCUCGUGCAAAGGGAAUCCCGGCUCUGGAGUUAUACAAGCUUGCACAGAAAAAGAAUCGGAAGCUUGUUCUUUGCGGACAUUCACUUGGUGGUGCGGUAGCUGCAUUGGCUACACUUGCAAUUUUGCGAGUUCUCGCAUCCUCUACACUAUCAAAAGAAAACGGAAAAGUUCAAGUGAAGUGUAUCACUUUCUCCCAGCCACCAGUUGGGAAUUCUGCUCUGAGAGAUUAUGUGCAUCAAAAAGGUUGGGAAAACUACUUCAAAACCUACUGCAUACCCGAAGACCUGGUGCCACGGAUUUUAUCUCCUGCCUAUUUUCAUCACUAUAACACUCAGACGAUGCAAACAUCGUCGGAUGAAAAUUUAAAUGGUGCAAAACUUGAGGAGACUACAAGUGGACCAAGUCUUAAAAUGCCCAAAGAGGACAAUGGGCAACAGCUUGUUCUAGGCGUUGGCCCUGUUCAGACGUCAAUGUGGAGACUGGCUAAGCUUGUUCCUCUGGAGGCAGUUCGGAAUCAAUUCAAUAUCUUCAGAAGAAAUCAGAAUAAAGUUGGGGAGGCAUCCCUUGACAUAGAUAGUGGCUUACAGUCGAAGGGUGAUGAAUCAGAGGCAGAGCCACAGUCUCUCGAGAUUCAAGAGGGUUCUGAGGGGAUCACUCUUGCGCCUCUUCCUGAUACAGAUCAAGAGACUCUUGGCAAUCAUGUAGAAAGAAGAAGCAGACUUGACGAUGAAGAUUCUAGGCGAUGGCAUAGAUUGCCUAACCUACCUUCUUAUGUACCAUUUGGGCAGCUCUACCUCUUGGGAGACUUGUCAGUAAAGUCACUCUCUGAUGCAGAAUACUCCAAAAUGACGUCGGUGAGGUCGGUUAUAACAGAAUUAAAGGAGCGCUUUCAAUCACAUUCAAUGAAGUCAUAUAGGUCUCGCUUUCAAAAAAUAUAUGAUCUAUGCAUGUGUGUGAACGCAUCGCCUUUCAUGGGAGUGGAGCAGUUACCACAUUUACAACAGUUGCUUGGCCUAGCAGCUGCUGAUUCGGUCGAACUUGGCAACAUUGUGGAGCCUCCUGUUAUCCGAACGGCAACAUCCAUUGUUCCUCUUGGUUGGAAUGGUGUUUCUGGUGAUAAAAACACUGAUCCAUUAAAAGUUGACAUUGUUGGACAUGGCUUACACUUGUGUUCUCUUGUUCAAGCUCAAGUAAAUGGGAAUUGGUGCUCAACGGCUGUGGAGUCACUACCUUCAGCACCUCCAUACUCAUCGAAUCAUGAAGCUGAACCCAAUUUACAAAAGAUGCGGGUUUUAAUUGGUGCUCCAUUGAAGCGAUCACCAAAAUUUCCAGUUGCUGAAGAUUCUUUAUUUCCUAUUUAUCCUCCAGUUGUGGAAUGCUCCAAUUCGACUCCAGAAUGUGAAUCCAGAUCAUUUUUCCAAGACAGAAGACGCUGUUGUGAUGGUUUGGAUGGUUUUGUCAUUUACUGCACUACUGAUUUCACCACCGUAUGCAAAGAAGUUCAUGUUAGAACCCGUAGGGUGCGAUUACUUGGAUUCGAGGGUGCCGGGAAAACUUCCCUAUUUAGAGCAAUGCUACAAUUUAGACAACGAAACAAUGGAAAUAUUGAGAGUAUAUGUCCAUACAUGGAUGCUCAAGAAGGGGUAGCAGGUGGAUUAUGCUAUGCGGAUUCAGCAGGUGUGAACUUGCAGGAGCUAAAUUCAGAGGCCAUUAAAUUCAGAGAAGAACUGCAGAUGGGUUUACGUGAUCUCGCCAAGAAAACCGACCUAAUUAUUCUCGUGCAUAACCUAUCACAAAAGAUACCUCGGUAUCACCACCCAAAUGCUUCAAAACCACAGCCGGCCCUUUCACUUCUCCUAAACGAGGCUAAGGCUCUUAAUAUACCUUAUGUUCUUGCCCUAACAAAUCGAUUCUCCGUCAGUGCUCAUCAGCAAAACACUUUAAUCGCUUCUGCUAUGGAAGCAUACGAAGCAUCUGCCGACACGACUCAAGUCAUUAAUUCAAGCCCCUUUUUCAUAGCAAGCAAUGCUAGUGCUGUGCAACCGAUGACAUCAGCUAAUGAGCUUUCGGGGAGGAAGGAGGCUGGUUCUCCAAGAAGUGUGUUUGCUCCUCUAAGUCUCUCCUUACUGCCACUCCAGAGAAGGGCGGGUGUUAUGCCUAUCGAGGGUGUUGGUGCGUUUCGGGGACUUGUUCAUCGCGUUCUACGCAGUAAUGAAGAAAUGGCCUUCCAGGAACUCGUAGAAGAGAGGCUGUCGUUGGAACUAGCAAAAGAAAAGCAGGUCUUAACGGACGCAAUGCACGAGCCGCAGAAGAAGAGCGGCUCUAUUUCCGCUGCUGCAGUCGGUGCAUCUCUCGGAGCAGGCCUCGGGCUUGUAAUGGCUGUUGUUAUGGGAGCGGCUUCUGCCUUAAGAAAGCCGUGAAAAUUGCGUUGCGUUUCGACGUGAUCGGGUUUAUAAUAAUAAAUAAUUCACAACAAUGCCAGUUGAGGAAUGAGAAACAAAAAAAAAAAGGUUUAAAGAAGAAGAUUUUGCAGAAGGCACCAGAAAAAGUUGGGCAUUGCAAGACAGCACUUGUGUUUGGCAUGGAGCUGCAUAUAUGCUGUCCCUACAUCUCAUUUUCAUUAAUUAUUAUUAUAUUUGGUAAUUUUGAUAGGUUUCAUCACAUUACUGAUUAUACCACUACUUCUACCCAGUUUUUUUUUUUAAUAAUUUUUUCAUAUACUUUUGGGCAAGAAUAUCUUCUAGAGGUGGGUUAUGCUGGCAUGAUUUAUUAUUUUGUAUAUUCCUAGGCUUGUUUUGGUUGA